AUGACGAACUUUUAUUUCUACUUUGCCGUCAUCAUCACCAUGCUUUUGGUCUUUCAGCAAGCAACAUGUGCCUUGGAUCGCGAUUUCUGUAAGGCCUACGAUAAGGAUAAGGCUGCUUGUGAACAUGCCGGUUGUCAGAUGCGCCCAUAUGCUCGCUAUGGUUUAGUCCCGAUGUAUGGUUGCCUCGCCCCACCUCAAUCGUAA